AUGGGUACCAUCCACCAUUACUCCGAGGGGCCCCAGAAUAACUUUUCGCGUGGUCCGCACUGGAAUCACGAGUCGCCAUUUUUGCCAGUAGACUGGGAAACAACCCAAGAGCUGGGCGCUCCGUCUCUCAAGCAUGCCGCCAUGAAGGCCAUUCUCUACGAUCAAUCCGAGCUCAGGCCCGAAAUGUUCGAGCAUGUCCCCUGGUUGAUUGCUGAAUAUUUGUGGAGAUGUCUGGAGAAGUGCAAUAAACGGACUCUCUAUGCGUGGAAACUGAUGACAACUAUUUAUCCCGAAUUCAGGGCGAGACAUCCAUCCUAUUAUCUGGAAGUUGCGACCUGUAAAAAGCCAAUAAAGAAUUACUUUGAAAUGAUUCAAAGCAAAAAUUGCGCCUGGCGCGCAAUCCUAUCAUUUCCCUCGCAGUUUGCCGAUGGGCUCGACUUUCUCGCCAUCGCUGACAUUAAGAACCUCGUUGCUCUCCAAAUCUGCUCACAUCACGAAUCAGGACGCGAUGGCUCGGGGAUUUGGAGCUCACGUCCCACUGACACCCCAGGGCUCCAAGACGGCAUUGUGAUGAGCUGGAUUGAGAUGGCAGAAACGCAAUGCUCCUUUCAGCAUCUCCGCGUAUUCAGAUUGGAAGGACAGCAAAAGCUGACUCCUAACGUGUUACCGAUGCUGAGGAAACUUCCACAAUUGCAGUAUGUAGUCUUCAGGGGAUGCGAUCUCAUCAGCAAGGAGCUGAGACAACUUCAGAAGAAAGAAGGACAAAACGUGGCCGAAAUUGAUGGGUGGAUUGUACGCCGAGGGGACUGGAUUAUCGACCAAGAUGGACCUGAGAAAGCCAAGGAGGCGGAAGGCUGGAUCAGGAAUAUUUAUGAGGGCACGGCUGGUCCGGACUUUGAGAAUUUCACCGGCAUGGAUGCGAUAAAGCCGUACUCGUUGGGCUUGGAGAUUCCGUCCUUGGAAUUUGAUCUUGGCGGGGAGUUUGGGUGGUCUUUCCAAACGCCGCCAUGGGAGUCCUUUUGGCUUGCUAGGGCCCCCUGGGCUUCACCACCACCCGAGCGGAAGAGAGCACCAGAUAACAUGGGAAAAUUCGGAACGCAGAAACGGGUCAUGAAGGAUCGAGGACAAUAUUUGUCUGGGAUGCUGGGUCAAUUCAUGUGA